UCCACCACAACGUCGACAAUGCCACCAAGAACGCGCAGACAACGAGCUCAGGCAGCCCAUGAAAGCGAGGAGAUAGCGGAGGUUCAAGUUGAGAAAGAGUAUCUCAACUCUGAUUCAGAGAUCGAGCAAGAAAACGACGAGAAUAUAUUCGCCAUUGGUGAUAGGGACAACAAGUAUGAGGCCGAAGAAAACCCGUUCAGCAUUUAUAUUCCACCACUACCCCGCUCGCUGGAAAAUCUGCCUCGAACACCUUCUCAUGAAGAUGCGCUUCGUGAUAUCACUGAUGAGUUCUUUCAUCCACCUUCACCGUCUCCGAUCAAAGCAGUUUCCGCGUUUGCAAGCCUCAAACCACCUCGACGACCAAAGAAACCAAAAAGCCUUGCAUUCCCAGCCGAUCCUCCUAAUUGGCAGCCAACAUCACCACUCCCUCCGAGCUCGCCGCUCGCUUCGACUUCCACAUAUGGACAACAGAACUACGCGUCAACAUCGCAUGCAAGUACCUAUGAGUACAACAUGGCCGCGUUUUAUCGCCAUGCACAGGAGAUAGAUCCUAGAAGUGGUGAUUCAGACCCAUUUGGGUUUUUAGCGACCGAGAAGGUACUGAAAGAACGACGCGCUGCACGUCUACCAAGCGAGAAACGCAAAUACAUCCAAUCUACUGCUUUACGCGUCACACCACAUGCCACACGUACCAGACGACAGCUUAAUCGCGCUACUUCUACUCCAACACGCCCAGCCGCUUCCUCAGUCCUCAUCCCAACAAACGAUGAAGACAUCGAUGAUCUUUAUCUCGACGAACCAAUCACGACAUCUAUUCCAGUCCCUGCGCCGAUUUUGCGUCAUUCGUAUAUUCCAACGCCAUCGUGCUCCCCUGCUUCAGCUCGCUCGGAGUUAGUAGUCCCAGCCCUACUUAAACCUCGCUUGGACAUUUUACGAGACCAGCCAACGCGCAGUCGCGAUCCCCUCCGGACACCGCGAAAACGUAAACGUGACAUUGAAGCUGCUACUCCCGCCUCCAGCGAUGCAGUAUCCAGCCCAUCACCUGUAAAGAUUAGCGUAGCCGCUAGACGACCCCAAACACCGUCAGAUCGCCCAGAAACAUCGGAGGAACAUACUCCUGUUCCGAAACGUACUACACGUGCACAGGCGAAAGGGAAGGGCAAAGCCCAGCAUGAUGCGUCCAAGCCUCACAAACGUACUAAAGAGGAUGCUUCGCUGAGCCCCAGACAGGCGUGCAAGAACUUGGAGAAGCUCUUGCCGCGCAGAGCAGCUAUGCGGAAGACAGCUUCCAUAGCGAAGACUGGGGGUAAAGGAAGAGUUAGGAUAGUUGUCGACCCUGUGGGUGAUAGUGGCAGUGAUGAGGAGCAGCCGAAGCGGAGGAAGCCUGGACCAAGAACACAGCCAUCAUCAAGUGCAAAGCCUGCCCCAAAAAGAGCUAAACCCGUGUCAAAGGGUGUCAAAAAAUCAUCCUUGAAGCCUCGGAGUAAGGGGAAGGAGAAAGCGAAGCCCCUCGAUGACUUGAUGGAAUUGUCAGAUGAAACCCGCGAGCGAUACAAGGAGGAACGCCUGGCGCGCCUUGAGUACUUCCGCAAGCUAGAUAGUUAUCAGAUGAAGAAGGAAAAUGUGUAUGUAAUUUGAAGUUUCUGGGCAGGGUGUGGAAUUUUACGUUUGGGUCUUGCUUUUUUUCACGGCCCAACUAACCAGCUCAUAUCCGUCAUUGCUGUCUCGAUGCUUUUGUACCAUAU